GCACGUGCUCAGCACGUGUUCUUCGGCUGUUCGGCUUCGCCCGAAGUGGAGGCGAUCCAGUUUAAGCAGUUUAGCCGAUUCACAAACCAAAGACUUAAACGGGAAUGUGUAAGCAAGUGGCUCAGAAUUCCAGUCUUGAGGCUGCACUAUUCCAGUUCUGCGACAGUGUCCAGUCGUGGAGCUCCCUAAAUAUGAUAUCGCAAGAAGAAGACCGUCCAGCCUUCCGAAGACUCGACUCAUUCGACCCUCUGUCCUUGUCCGGGAACAUGAACGAGCCCAGUAUUGAAAUCACUGAAGAAGUCUUCCCUGAAGGAAACAAUGGUUCAUCCAUUGCACGCCCAGAGCCAGCAAGAAUGCCCAGUCACUUGUUCGUGUCACCUCUACCAGCGCUCGAACGAGCCGAGGCUUCGACCUUGAUAGGUGUCGCUUCCAUUCCAUUGACAAGUCUUCAGCUCUCGAAGGAGACACCGAUAUGUCCUUCGACUAGCCCCAUGACAGGUGUUUCAUUGUCUACCGCCCCAUCGGAGCAUAGUCAAUACACAUUGGAUGAGCGGCAGGAAGGUGCCUCCAGCCUUCAUAUCUCCAGUCUUGGCGAACCGGCCACCCAUCCCAGGGACUUUCUGCAUGGUAGAUCCCUGCUUUUCAAAUGCACUUUCGUCAGCGUCACGUGCUCUGCUCAGCUCAUUGCCCAGGGGCAAUUUGGAAUGGUCAUGAUACCUCUCAAAGAGAUUGGAGACUAUCUUAGAGUGGAAAGUGCAGGCGAGCUAAGCUGGAUGACUGCCAGCUAUGGGUGAGCUCGAGCCCAAAAAUUGAGUUUCUCAUGCCGCCCUAGCCUCACGCUUGGGAUGUUCCUCAUCGCUUCUGGUAGACUGGGAGAUCUAUAGUAAGUGCGG